AUGUUUGAACGUGUCCUCCUAGUUCCUCUCCUCCUGGCAGGUCUGGUCACGGCAGCGUCUCCUCCUUACGCCGAAUACAUACUCGCCCCAGAAUCACGAAAGAUUCUCCCAGCCGCGAUACAUCGAGUCAACGGCACCGUGUCGAAUGCACAAUCCCUAGUCGCCAGCACGAACGGGAGUGCAGUUCUCAGGGGCAACUCUUCCAUCACCUUCGACUACAAGAGGAACAUAGGAGGCGUGGUCAGCGUCACGGUCGGGUCGGUGUCCUCGAGUGAUGCUGUCAUUGGUCUGACCUUUACCGAGUCCAGCCUAUGGAUCAACGGGCUGGCUUCGGACGCCACCGCAGAUGCUGGGCUGGACACACCCCUCUGGCUUGAUGUGGGCGCUGGACCGGGAACAUACACUGUCGCUCGAGAGUUCGAUCGGGGUGCCUUUCGAUACCUGAGCGUCGUCAGUCACUCCAGCGCAGCGAUCGAGGUGGAGAGCGUUGCUGUUCAUUUCACUGCCGCCCCGACGCAGGAUUUGCGUUCCUAUGCCGGCUACUUUCACAGUAAUGACGAACUGUUGAAUCGUAUCUGGUACGCAGGAGCAUAUACAACGCAAUUAUGUUCUAUCGAUCCUCAUCAAGGUAAUUCGUUAAUAUGGCUCCAUAUCAUCAACAGCACCGAGGUCAUCGAGCUACCCGAGACCAUCACCUGGUAUAACAACUAUACCAUUACAAAUAGGAGCACCGCCUUGGUAGAUGGAGCCAAAAGAGACCGGCUCGUCUGGCCUGGCGAUAUCGUGGUGACUGGCCCAAGCAUAUUCGUCAGCACCAACGACAUGAGCUCUCUCCGAAACAGCCUCGACUCCCUCUUGCUACUGCAGAACGCCUCAGGGGCCAUGCCGUACGCCGGGGUUCCGUUUUGGGAGGAAGUAGGCGGUACCUACAGCUUCACUUACCACCUGCACGGCCUGCUCGAUAUCGCUCUGCUAUAUGAAUACACCAACGACCUGGCUUAUCUUCAAAGUGUCUGGAAGAACUUUACGCUGGGGUUGGAGUUUUCUAUUGGCCAUAUUGAUGAUACCGGCCUUAUGAAUGUGACCACAAGUGGCGACUGGCUAAGAAUUGGUAUGGGUGGCCAUAACAUCGAAGCCAACGCCAUUCUCUACUACACCCUCAACAAAGGCAUCCAACUAGCCAACAUACUCAACGCCACAUCCUACGCAACAAGCUGGACCACCAUCGCCGCCAAGAUCAAAACCGCCGCCAACACCCUCCUCUGGGACAACACCACCUCCCUCUACCACGACAACGAGACCACCACCCUCUCCCCCCAGGACGGCAACGCCUGGGCCGUCCACGCCAACCUCACCCAGUCCGCCGCCCAGAGCAAAGCCGUCGCAGCCGCCCUCCGCGCCCGCUGGGGCACAUACGGCGCCCCGGCCCCCGAGGCAGGUGGCACACCGGCCACCGUGUCGCCCUUCAUCGGCUACUUUGAGCUGCUGGCCCACCACGCGGCGGGCAACGCGUCCGCCGCGCUGGAGCUGACGCGCCUGCAGUGGGGGUUCAUGCUCGACGACCCGCGCAUGACCAACAGCACCUUCAUCGAGGGGUAUGCGUCCGACGGCAGCCUGCACUACGCGGCCUACACCAACGACGCGCGCGUGUCGCAUGCGCAUGGCUGGUCGACGGGUCCUACGUCUGUCUUGACCAUGUACACGGCGGGCUUGCGGCUGGCGGCGGCGGGCGGGACCGAGUGGGUUGUUGCGCCGAGGCUGGGCGGGCUGGUGAGCGUGGAGGCUGGGUAUGUGGCGCCGGUCGGGCGGUUAGAGGUGCAGGUCGAGGCGGACGCUGGGACCGAGGUGGUUACGGCCUUGUGGUUGUCGACGCCCGAGGGGACGGUGGGCUCUGUGUCCUUGCCUGGGGUGACGGGGCGCCUGGAGGAUGUCGAGGGUAACACUGUUGCUCUUGUGGAUGGAGAGGCAUCGGGGGUGCCGGGAGGGAAUUGGACAUUGGUUCCGGCUUAG